UUCAUCAAAUUUAAUUAUACAUUUUUAUUUUACCUUUUUAAAUAUGCACGUUGUGGUUUAUUUACAAAUAUUCGCGCAAGUGUUAAACGUACUUGUCGUUUCAAAGCACAUAAAAAAUAAAGUGGUAAACGUAUUGGCAUGCAAGAGCUCAAACAAUAUAGGGCAUUGUAUACAAAACGCCGAAUAUACAGAGACGUCAUAUGUCAAGGAAUUAUGUAAGUCGAAUCCCGAUUUAGAAGACUUUAUGAAUGCCGCCGACAUUUUGAUAAGAUCCGAUUGUAGUUUGGUCGAUUCGUGUAGAAGAGUUACCGAUCACUCUCAUGAUGACGUCGACGAAGUAGACUUUAUAGUGGUCGGCGGAGGAGCUUCAGGUCCCGUAGUAGCUGGGAGACUGUCAGAAAAUCCUAAGUGGACGGUGACCCUUUUUGAAUCCGGCUCAGAGCAACCGGCAGCCACCGAUAUACCUGCUUUGCUGAGUUCGGCGAUCGCCACGAAGUAUGAUUGGCAGUAUUCUACGACGCCGCAAAAAAACGCUUGUUUGGCAUACGGAGGAGUGUGCGGUUGGCCCCGUGGAAAAGUGUUGGGUGGAACGGUUGCACUGUCAGGUUCGAUGUACUCCAGAGGACACCGGGAUAUAUACGACGAUUGGCUGAAGGCCGGCAACGUCGGGUGGGGAUACGAAGAUGUGUUGCCGUUCUUCAAGAUGUCGGAGAACAACAAGGACUACCACACGGAAUACCACGGAACUCGAGGCCCGAUCCCCGUGCAAAAGCCCACCGAAGUUUUGCCGAUCACGCGGACGCUUAUAGAGGCUGGCAAGGAGCUGGGGUACUCGGAGAUCGACAUGAGCGACCCGAAACCGUUGGGCUUCUCGAUCGCGCAGCUCAUGAUCACCAGCGAAAAGACCCGGGUGACGAUGCCCACGGCGUACCUGCGGCCGCACCUGUGGACCCGCUGUAACCUGCACGUCAGGAUCAACAGCCACGUGACCCGGCUGCUGGUGACAGCGGACCGGCGGUCGGUGUACGGCGUCGAGUACGUGGACAGCGCCAACCGGACCAGGCGGCUGACGGCCCGGAAGGAGGUGAUCCUGAGCGCGGGCGUCAUCGGGUCCGCGCACCUGCUCAUGCUGUCAGGCAUCGGGCCGGCGGAAGACCUGCGGCCGCUGGGCGUGCCGGUGGUGCAGGACCUGCGUGUGGGCCACAACCUGCAGCACCACGUGGCCUCCAAGCUAAGCUUCCAGCUGAACGUGACCAACGACCGGCUGUUGACGUUCGACGCGAUCAACCAGUACCUGAAGCAGAGGUCCGGCUCGCUGUCCACGACCGGCGGCCUGCAGACGUCCGCGUUCCUGCGCUCGGACCGGGCGGGUCCCGACGACCCGGCCGACGUGCAGCUGUUCUUCGACGGUUAUUCGCCGAACUGCGUGUACGCCCAACCGGUGUACGGCAAGUGCUCGGCGUCCGCGGAACCGGUGAUCAUGAACGUGCGGCCGGUGAACAUCCGGCCGCGGAGCCGGGGCGUCAUCCGGUUGGCGAGCGCCGACCCGUUCGUCCGGCCGCGGAUCAACCCCAACUACUUGUCCGUGGAAACGGACGUCGACGUGCUGGUAUGGGGCCUGCGGCUUGCCAAUGACCUGGCGCACACCCGGGCCCUGCAGCGGCUGGGCGCCAUCGUCGACCGGAAGCCCGUCGAACAAUGCAGCCAGCACGCGUUCGCCACGGACCCGUACUGGCGGUGCCUGAUCCGGUAUCACACCCGAGGCGAGAACCAUCACGCGGGCACGUGCAAGAUGGGUCCGGCCACCGACCCGACUGCCGUUGUCGACCCCGAGCUGCGCGUGCAUCGCGUCCGCGGCUUGCGCGUGGCCGACGCGUCCGUGUUUCCGACGCAGCCCAACUGCAAUCCCAUCACGCCUGCCGUCAUGGUCGCCGAGAAGGCCGCGCAAUUCAUCAAGAACACUUGGCGCUGACGCGAUCGACCGCGGUACUGGUAUACCGACAAUACCACGUCGUAUGUCUUUUGUGAAUUCAAGAAAAAUAAUUUCAACUCGUUUUACAAUCUCUCUCUCUUUCUACCUCUCCCUCUCUCUCUCUCUCUCGCAAUAUACCUACGCCCCGUAAGCCGUUUUAAUUAUUGUUAUCGGCAUACUAUACCUCUACGGCUCUACCCUUUUAGUUCGGUAUUCCAUUUUCGUUUCGAUGUAUUCGUUCGUUUAACGCGUAACAUUAUAUCGCGAUACUAUGCAAUGUACUAAAAUAUCACUAAGAAUGUGUGACUUUCGUUUCGGUUUUGUACGCGUUUAAAUUGUUACUGUUAAGAUAUAAAUAAAUAACUGCGCAAUAAUCUUUAUGUUAUGAUAUAUAAAAUUUGGCUGUUUUAUUUAAAAUAUA